AUGGACGCAUACCCACCCGACUUUGUAGUCCAUAACCUACCCUUUAUUGUCCUCUCGGGCCUAGCGACUAGCAAAGAAGUCGACCCCCCUCCAUCGGUCCAACAUGUGCUUCCUGGUCGAGCUGUCACAAGCAUCAGCUCAGAUAUCCCGCCCGUAGAUGGCGACCGCGCGAAUGAACUACUCCAAGAGUUCUUGAGCGCAGACGGUACCAGCGCGCCCUGGAAUGCGCGCGACUUCAGCCGUCGAGGCAUCACACAUGGCUUCAGAAUACGGAGUGUAGGAAGGAACUUCCAACUGCCACCGAAAAAGGCAGAUGCGCCCUCAAACUCCGAAACAACUCCUCCAGGCAGUCCCACAAUCGCAGCCGCGACAUCGUGGGUCCUGCAUUCGCCCAUAUCACCCCUCUCCCCAGCAUCUCCCUCCUUCCCCGACGGUGUAAUCGCUCCUGCCUGGGUCGCAAAGCACCAACACUACGUACCCUCCGUAUUCAUCUCCUUCUUCAACUUCACCACUGAUCCCAUCACAAACAGCCUGCACGAUAAUCAGCUGAAGACGGACAUCAACAAGAUCAAGGGUCAGAUACAAAAGUCGGACUAUCGCACAAGAUACGUCGUCGUGUUACUGAGUGAUAAGACCAUCAUCGAGGCGCCAGAUAUCGAGGAUCGAUUGGCCGUGAUACGGCGGGCUACUGGCCUGGAUCCAAAAAAUUCGCUCUUCUUCUUGCCUCCAAGAACAUCGCGUGUCGAACUCCAAGCCUUCGUUACAUCCAUUCUGGCCAUACUGCAACCUGUUUGCGUCGAAUACUACCGAGACCUUACCAAGCAUGCGCGAAGGAAGAAGGGACGAGGCACGAUCCCUCCACCAACAGCUCCACCUACACGCGGAACAUCACAAACGCUGUCGUAUCCCGGGUGGGGUGUUCGUUAUGACUUCAAGCUGGGUAUACUGGCCGAAUUCCGCCAGGAGAUGGAUGCUGCGCAGCGGCACUACAGUACUGCUUUGGAAGCCUUGUUCGGUGCCGAAGGCUUGUUUGAAACCACGGCGAGUUGGUCUCCACGGUGGGAUGAGAUCCGCUUGUUAGCAGAUGUCAUCGCACUGCGACACAUUCGGUGCCAGCUAUGGAACAAUUUCCCUACCUCCGCUGUCCAGUCAUGGUUGAGAUACAAGUACAGACUACAAGACGUGCUCGAUCGCCGGGGCAAGGGUAGCAAUAACUACGGUUGGCAAGCCUGGGAGUCUACAUGGGCCCAAGCCAUGGCUGAGAUUGUCAGGCGAACAGAAUUGCCGAUCUUCAAGAUAAGGGAUCCUUCGUCAGAUCCAGAUCCCUUGAUAGACUUCCCGGGUGCGUUGUACUCUCAGCCCGAGAAACAGUUUCCAGUGGGAGAAAGACUGCCGCCAUGGGAAUUGCUACAUCAUGCUGGAUAUUGGCAUAAGAUUGCCAGUGAUCAUGCAAAGAAGCGUUACAUUCUUGCCAGGGAGAUGCCAGAAGAGGACCGAACGCCGCCGGGAAUGUCGCCUGCUGCUAAAGUUUCCGCUCGGAACCAGAUAUACGAUCACUAUCUCGUACCGCAUCCGCAUGAAGAGUACCCGGUCCCAGGUAUUGGUAAUGGAUUUGAGCAUUGGAAAGACAUCUCAGCCAAGCUGAACGACGCGAUCGCCGAGUUCAAGUCUCGGGGACAGCAUCGGAAGGUAGAUCAGAUGCAACUUGAGGUGGCUCGGACACUGCUACACGUAAGGAAAUUUGACGAUGCCUUGAAAGUACUACGACCACUCUGGGAGACGAUGGCUUGGCGAAAAGAAGGUUGGUGGAGCCUAGCCUCAGAAGUAGUAUGGGCCCUACAUGAAUGUGCGCUGCGAACACAAGACCGAGAAACAUAUGUUGCAACGGAAUGGGAACUUUACAGUCAAACAAUUCCUGGCAAGACAAAAUACAAAUACGAUUUGAUGACAUGUCUGGACGUAUUCUCAGACGCAGCAGCUGACAAGGUGAGCGUGAGUCUGAAUGCCAAAGACCACAUAUCUCCCUUGUCAACAAGCUUUGCUUUUGCCGAAGCAGAGGGUAACGUGGGUGAACCACUACGCUCACAGCUCGCAAUGACCUCGAAUGCUCGACCAGGUUCUGCUCCAGUCACCUUGUCGUUCAUACAAUACCAGUUCAACGGAGGCUUGGCUGAGGUCCGGCUGACUCAUGAUGCCGAUGGAAUUUCUUCCGGGAGUGCCUCAACAAUGUACUCUUGCACGUUAGAGGAAACCCAUUCCGCUACCGGAAAACCACGUUGGGCUGGAACAGCUGACCUGACGCUCCACCCUGGGCAGACAAAGGUGUACAGCUUCCCACUUGUCCUCCGUGAGUCGGGAGAUGUCGAUAUUGCGGCAUGCGUCUUCGGUGUAACCACAGAAAAGUUUGAACUUGCUUGCUCAGACACGGACCCGGAAACUCCAACUCGUCCCAUGUGGUGGAUCAAGUCAGAUGCCAAAAUCAAGUCAAGAUCGCUGAAACAUGGAUCUGGCAUGUCUGUUCACAUACUACCCAAACCGCCCAAGAUGGAGAUCAAUUUGCCGGACGUUCGCAAUCAGUACUACACAGAUGAGUCAGUGACGUUGGCAAUAGAGAUCCUGAACCAAGAAGAGGAAGACACUGAGGCUGUUCUCGAGGUGCGACUACUGGGCCGGUCCAAAGAUACUCUGAGUUAUACAUGGCUCGAGCGUCCAGCAGAGUCACCAAUGAAGGAGGUUCCGCCUGCGCUCGACGGGUCUACGGAUGUGGAUCUUCCAGGGCAUGUAGUGGGAAAACUAGCCCAAGGAGCAAGAACAACGGAGAGGAUUCGCUUCACUGCACCUGCGGAUCCAGCAGACUAUGCCUUGGAAGUCAAAGUGCUAUAUCAUGUCCUCAGCGACCGCGAUAUACCCAUCUCCAAGAUCAUGGUCGCAGAUCUCGUAUUCAACGCUCCCUUCGAAGCAAGUUAUGAUCUAAACGCACGUGUACACCCUGAUCCAUGGCCCAGCUAUUUCGAGCUACAAGAAGCAGAAAGCAACGUCAACCCUGAGUCGCCUGAUGCAUUUGGUAUAGCACAGAAAUGGGGUCUACGAGCGAAAGUCGCGUCCUUUGCCGACGAACAGCUUGUUGUCAGCGACCUAGCGGUCGAAGUACACAGCAUUCACGGCGGCGCAACCUGCGACGUGACCAAGGAAUUUAAUAUCGAAGAAACAGCCAUGGAACCCCAGAUCCUCAGCGAAUGGGGCUUCAGCCUGGAUAUCCGAAAAAACAAUCUAGAAGAACGUCGUUCGACCGCUCUUGACACCACUCUCAACAUCACAUGGAAACGCACUUCCGAUCCGCUUGCCUACCCAGUCACGUCCUCGUUGCCUAUUCCACGCAUCCAAAUCCCGUCUUCUGAACCUCGUGUCCUCGCUUCUUCCCACCUCUCACCCACGAUCCCCUCACUCAUCCACCUCGACUAUGUGCUCGAGAAUCCGACUAUGCACUUCCUCACCUUUGAACUCGCCAUGGAAGCUAGCGAGGACUUUGGCUUUAGCGGACCUAAACUACGGACUUUGCAUCUGUUGCCUAUGAGUCGACAGACUGUGCGAUACAAUUUACUGUCGAAUGUGGAGGGCGAUUGGAUUACCCCGAACCUAAAGGUCACGGACCGUUACUUUAACAAGACGUUGAAGGUGCAGGGAACGGAAGGGAUGAGGUUAGAUAAGAAGGGUGUGGGGAUUUGGGUGCCUGAGGAUGGAUGGAAGGGAGAAGAGGGAGGAAAGGUAGAGUAA